UGUGGGGCGGAAGCGCCCGGCACCUCCUUCCUCCCGCCCGGGUGCAGGCGACGAGGAUGAGCCAAAGAGACACCCUAGUGCAUCUCUUUGCCGGCGGAUGUGGAGGUACUGUUGGUGCAAUUCUGACAUGUCCACUGGAAGUUGUAAAAACACGACUGCAGUCCUCCUCUGUGACUCUCUACAUCUCUGAAGUUCAUCUCAACACUGUGAAUGGUGCUACCGUCAACAGAGUAACCAGAGUUUCUCCUGGACCUCUCCACUGUCUGAAGAUGAUCUUGCAAAAUGAAGGCCCUCGUUCUCUGUUCAGAGGGCUGGGUCCUAAUUUAGUUGGUGUUGCUCCUUCCAGAGCAAUAUAUUUUGCUGCUUACUCAAAUUGCAAGGAAAAGUUGAACAAUAUUUUCAAUCCAGAUUCCACCCAGGUACACAUGAUUUCAGCUGGCGUGGCAGGCUUUACUGCGAUCACAACAACUAAUCCCAUUUGGUUGGUAAAGACACGAUUGCAGCUUGAUGCAAGGAAUCGAGGAGAAAAGCGGAUGAGCGCUGUUGAGUGUGUCCGCAAGGUUUAUCGCUUGGAUGGUUUUAAAGGCUUUUACCGGGGAAUGUCCGCAUCCUACGCAGGCAUAUCUGAGACUGUUAUUCACUUCGUCAUUUAUGAGAGUAUUAAGAAAAAAUUACUCGAGUACAAGACUGCUUCUGCCAUGGACAGUGAGGAUGAAUCAGCUAAAGAAGCAUCGGACUUUGUUCGAAUGAUGAUGGCUGCUGCCACUUCCAAAACGUGUGCAACAUCAAUAGCGUAUCCCCAUGAGGUUGUACGAACAAGACUAAGAGAAGAGGGAACAAAAUACAGAUCUUUCUUCCAGACACUCUCUUUGCUUGUGCGAGAGGAAGGGUAUGGCUCCCUUUACCGAGGUUUAACUACACACCUGAUCAGACAGAUUCCAAACACCGCUAUCAUGAUGUCCACCUAUGAAGUUGUAGUCUACUUACUUGAUGGAUAGCAGUGUGACAAGGUGGAAGAAGGUGGAAGAUGGAAAGACUGGAGUGGACCACUGAAUGUCAAUGCCGAUGUGGUGGGCAAAAGGAACGUUUUAUCAGGAACAAGCAGCUGUGGAAAAAACAGAAGGUUGAUUUUGGGCAACUCUGAAAAUUUUGCUGCCUUUGUGUGGUCUCAUGUCAAUGUGACAAAUGGGAACUGCCCCUUAGGGAAUGCCUUCAUACAUCUCUUAAUUCAGAAUUAUUCUUUUCUUUUCGUCUCUUAAUCUAGACAAAGCCAUUGAGUUAUCUUCAGAGACCCGAUGGGUGAGGGAGGGGACAGGAAAUACGUUCCUGGCAGUCCUCUUACCUUCUCUUAGUGAUUGCCCUCAACUACAUCAUUUUUGUUCUGUUUUACUGCACAGUUUCCUGUUGGAGGAAUGGGCAAGACAGUACUUUUAUACCUGAAACUUCAAUUUAGUUGCUCUGAAGAUUCAUAAAGAGACUGAGGUAGUGGUGUGUAAAGUUUUCCAAGUUGCUACCUCAAGACAAAAUAUGGUGCAGGGACUCAGAAAAGUUAUUUCUUCACUACAAAAGGUGAUACCUGUUGUAGCUUUUUUGUUGUUGGUUGUUUUUUUUUUUCCUCAUUUGAGCUGUGUUGUAGGUUAGAGAGGAUCUGAUUUUUUUCAACUCUUCAGGUUAUCAGUCUAUUAAUGUUGGUGUAUGUGGACUUCUGGUCCUGCUGCAUUAUCCCGUUUCUUUUCUGGAAUUUUUCCUAAGUAAGAAAGGCCUAUGAAACACAGUCCUCUAUCAUCAAUUUUCCUUGCCAACCUGUUCAGGUAACUCACACAGCUAAGAAAAGUUGCUGAAUGCUACUUUUAGUCUUUUUAAGUAUUUGUAAUGUGAUGAGAAACCUCUACUAGUUCAGCCUCCCUUUUGUGAAGACAGGAUUCACUCAGUUUCAUGCUGCCUAAGCACAAGCUGUAUUACCCUUAAAUAUCUGGCAAAUCCUGCCUUGGAUUACCAGUAUUUAUAUGGGAGUACUGGGGGAGAACACAUGUGACCAUGGCUAGGGUGACCAGAAAGCAGAAACCAGUUGAAGUUGUGAUAGAUCUUGUCAGUGCAGACAGGCUCUGUGCAGAAGGAUGGAGAAAUUGUAAAAGGUACUUUCUUGAAAGCAUUCCCCCUGAUAAUUGCUGUAACACUUCUGUCAGCUUGAGCCUGUGUACUGAGCUAUCAUCUUGUCAUCCACACUGUCUGAUAAUUCAGGCAUUGCUUUUGUUCUGUAAGCCAAUUGCAAAAUAAUGCUUUGCAUUCAGCAGUGAGGCUUUGCUGGUCUAUUCUGUCAGAAUUUGCAGAACUUUUAAAAAUCAUACAACUGGAGUGUCAAGCAGUUGAAUGUUACAGGAGUUUUACAGCUUUCCAGACAGGUAUCUUCUCAGUCUGCAUCCCUUAUUCUUAUGAGGAAGAUGAUAAUUUAUAAAUUGGGGUCAAUAGCUUUCUCCAUAUAAAUGCUGCUACACUGGCAUGGACAGAACUGUGCUCAGCUCUUCCAGUGUGGUACUUCAGUACACUUGAACUGUGUGUCAUGUGCAAUGGCUUUAUUUUAUUAAUGACUUCUUAUGCACUUUGUGGCCUUCUUAGGGCUUACGACUUUUCUUCCUCUUACUGAUUAUCUGGAAUCAAACAGUGUUUGAAACAUGCAGUUUGGUUUUAAACAAAGCAUGUGGUUUGAUUUCUGUGUAAGCUGUGCAGGAGUUUAUGCUGUAACUCCAUAGCAUCUCUGUGGCAGUGCUUCUGGAGGCUCUAUGAAAAACCUCAAAGCUUGCAGUACAAUCAGCCUGGGUUUUUCUCAUUUUCUUUCCUUUAUUUUGACCCUUGUUCUCCACACAGUGUCAAAGUAUUUGAGUAUUUCAUGUAAUUCUCUGUAUUAAUUGCUCAUCCUUUGAAAGCCACCCAUAAUAAGUACAUUGACCUUGCAGUGCUGUAUUGACAUCCUUGCUUGGAAAAUGUUCUCUUUUUAAAGACCUAACAGGGUCUGAGGGGUGACCAUGGUGAAUUUGAUUGUCUCAAAGAAGUGAAAGGAGCGUUUAAAUGUGUUUUAAAGUGGGCUUUUUCUAGUGGUCUCUCUAGGAAAAGACUGGAUUAUAUAUAUGACUGACUUAAGCCUUGAUGUGGUGCUUUUGUUCAGAUAAAUAAGUGCAGGAAUAGUGACUCACUGUAAUUUUUGUGAUGUAGGAAGUGGUUAUCACUUUCAGGUUAUCUAUCUCACUCUUCAGGUUAUCUAGAUUACUUAGUCAUAGCCAAAACUUAAAUUGGCAAAGACCAUUCUCAGCUUUGGAGUUCAUGAAUACAGUGAACACUUGGUGUAGCCUAGGCUUCAUAAGAGUUUCUUUCCUCUGGACAUCUUGUCCCUUGGUUCUGUGCUUGUCUCCUAUUCCUGGGUAUUCCCUGGAAUUCCCUGGGUACUGCAUGUGUGCCUUCUCUGGGUGAGAGCAGAGCCCCUGGAGCUGGUAAGUAGGACAUGUUAUCAAGGACAGUUGAAUAUGGGAGAUAACAGCUAAAAGCAGACAAUUGGUUUAUUACUCCACUUCUUUAAAGGAUGUUCCAGCUUUGUUUUUAAACUUCAGGGGUGAUCGUUUUGGCUUCCUUUGCAUAACCAAACAUAACCCCAAAAUUUCUUGGGAUUUUUCAAUAUUUUUAAACUACGAGUACCUGCGAAAUUACCUCUGAUAUAUUUCCCAAAGAUCUUUAUUUAUAUCGUUUUCUUGGUAUUUUUUAUAAAAACUCAAAGGGAGUAUAACAAGAUGCUUCAUUCAGUAAUAUCUUAAACCACAGAGCUGAAAGCAGUGCAUUUAAACUCGGUCACCUUGAUUUGCAAUUGGAUGCCAUGUAUUGGCAUCCCGCUGGUGUGUGCUAGAGGACAGGCUGUGCGGAGCUCUGAAGGGAUGCGCUCUGCUCUGCUCUUGUCCCGGCCGCCGUGGAGCCGGCAGGCGGCAGGAGCAGCCGUGGGAAGGGUCCCGGCAAUGGCGGCCCCGAGCCGCUCCUGACCCGCCGGGAGAUGCGCUCUGUCUGCCCGGAUCCUGCUCUGGUGCCAGGAAGCGGGCUUGCACCAGGGAGCUGGGGGAUUUUCUGCUUGUAGUUGUGAGAGAGACGUGGCUGUCUGCUUAGCCAUGAACGCUGCCCAUCUCUGUUUACGUAUGCACUCCGCAUCUUCCCUGGCUGGUUGAGGUGUUGAUGACAGCGGAUUGUUUGUUUGUUUGUUAAUGACAGUUUCUGCAACAUUCCUCCGACUGCCGCAUUGUAAAAGAAUGCUUCCAGAGACAAGAGUGGAGAGCCUUUAUAAGUGUUGCUUCCUGUUUAAACUGUUCAGAUUUGGAAAACAAGCUGAAUGCUGAAAUGUGCCUAGGUAAAUGUACUUUUUUCCACUUUCUGUCUGUUAAGACUGAGUUAUGUAAGUUUUUUGUUCUAUUUAAGAGUCUGCCUACCCUGCAUAUGUGAAGGUAACUAUGCCCUCAGAGUCGUAGCUAAAUACUCACAGAUGACAGAUUGAGAAUACUUCAGUACCCAUGUGAGAUUUGCUAUUAUUCUUGCAUACAUGUAGUUGGCUGUAAACUAUGUGCAUUUACUCUGUAUUUAUAUAGUUAACUUCUUGUUUGCAUUGCUUUAAACUUCAAAGCAAAUUAAAAUUACAUGCUUCUGUUCAAAUGUUGCCUGCUGUGCUAACUGUACACUGUUUUUAACCUUUUCAUUUUUCUAUUAUUGAUACAUACCAGUGCCUGCACAGUUGUGAUUAAAAUUGAAAAAAUCCUUAACCCAGUGAAUUAUUUUUAUCUUGUGCCAUUUUACAGUAGCUGAAAAUAAGGUGUGUGUAUUGUACCUGUAGUAGAGGUUUUCUGGAGAGAUUCAUGGACGAUUCAAGUUGCAGUACGUGUUGGUGCAGUUGGAUUUGAACACAGGUACCUCUGCAGAAACAAGCAAUCUUGUCUGUCAAGUAAGAUUCAGGAGCUAGUG